AUGGGCAUACAAGAGACGUACCGACCGGCUUUUGACACUCCACCUGGUGCGCAUCUCGCAGGCAUCUCCAUCUCUAGCCUCAAGCUGCCAACCCCUUAUGUCUCCUACGGUCUGCCCUACCAAGAGGCUGCUGCAAAACAUAUCAGAAGUACUCUCCAUGUAUUGCGAGUGUACGUUGUAUCUUCGACAUCCCUGGCUGUGAGCACGGAUCGGCUUGAUCGACUAGUUACCGCUGUCGGUGAAGACGCGAUUUGUGGCAUUACCAAAGGCAUAACGCCGCAUACGCCGUUCGCGGAGAUUCUUGAGAUCACGGCGAAGUGUCGGGAGAAUAGCGCUGAUUGCCUGUUGGCACUCGGGGCUGGAUCGAUCACAGAUGGAUGCAAGAUUGUGGCACUCUACCUCGCAAACGAUAUUGAUAGCAUGGAGGAGCUGGCGAAGUAUGCUGUGGGGGGCGAAGACUGCCCUAAGUCCGUCAAAGAGCCAUCGGUGCCGUUGAUCACUAUUCCGACAACUCUAUCCGGCGGAGAGUACUUUAGUCUUGCAGGAGGCACUGAUGAUUCCACGCACCACAAGCAUGGCUUCCUGCGCUCUGGGAUGGGGGUGAAGCUCAUCAUACUGGAUCCGGACCUUUGCACGACUACACCAGCAUAUCACUGGCUGAGUACUGGAGCCUUAUGCUCUUUGCACAGCACACAGCAGGCUGACGCAAACGCUGAACAAGGCCUGCGGCUCCUCGUUCCAGGCCUACUGAGGACGAAAGGGCACCCGGGCGAUCUUGAUGCGAGGCGCAAGUGUCAACAAGGUGUUAACCUAGCUAUGGGCAGUAUCCGUGCUGGUGUGCCCAUCGGCGGUAGUCAUGCGAUUGGACAUCAACUCGGACCACUCGGUGUGCCGCACGGCGUUACGAGCUGUAUCAUGUGUCCAGCGGUUAUGAAAUAUAACAUGCAGCACGGCCGGAACAACCCUGACAUUGCGCGACGGCAGGAGCAUAUUCGGGAUGUACUGUGGGCUGAGCCCGAAGUCACCGCUGCACUGCAGGCGGCCGGUUUGAGGCAAGACUCGGCAGACCUGGGCGACGUGCUCGACGCCGUGAUUCGCGCUCUUGCAUUGCCACGUAGUCUGAGGGAGCUGAAUGUCUCCCCUCAGAUCAUACCGUCGCUUUCCGAAGGGACGCUGGAAGAAUAUGGGCCGCAACUAAUCCCAUACCUCUGCUUAAGGCGGAGCAAGUGACUGCUAUACUCAGAACUGUGGCCUGAAGUCGUUCUGGA